AUGGUGCUGGUGCAGGUCAGAGAUAUCAUCACCGUCACCGGCCAGGACGCAGUGCGUCCUCUGUCGUACCCCGGGGUGGGACACCGGCCCGUCAAGGCCAAUGCAGGAGUGAGCGGAGCUGCGCAGGGUGUAGACUCCGGGCCAGCUGUGGCUGUGAGGUUCCGGCUCUGCCUGUACCUGGCCCGCUGCCCUCGGGCAUCGCCCACCCUCUGGGCUUUGCUUCCUCGUCAGCCAGGGCAGCACAGCGGUGUGAGCACUGGCAGAGUGUGCGGGCGGCAGCGAGUCCAGGUCCCUGAGAGCCAGGGCGGUGCUGGGACAAUGCUGUCCUCCAGCUCACAGCGCCCCCUGCUGCUGGCAGUGCUGUGUUGCCUGCUGUCGGGACCAGAGGCCACAGGUGCCCAGCAGUCAGAGGAAUCCAAGCCUACCCAAGAACACCCGACGCAUUCCGAGCCGCCUGUUUGUCAAAGCAUCUUCAAUAACAUUGCUGACAUCUUUCUUUGCCUGUACAAAGAGUCAGCCCGGUUUUCAAAGAGCAGUAACAUCGUGUUCUCCCCACUGAGCAUAACUGCCGCCCUCGCCACGCUCUUGCUGGGGACCAAGGCUGACUCCCACAGUCAGAUCUGGAACGGCCUGGAGUUCAACCUCCUGGGGACAGGGGAGCGCCUGGUCCACACCUGCUUCCAGCAGCUCCUGCGCACCUUCCAGCACUGGGACAACGAGCUGGCUGCCGGCAGCGUCCUCUUCAUCGACGAGAGUCUGCAGCCGAGGGCUGAGUUUGUGGAGGGCGUUGAGCAGCUGUCCCACUCUGAAGCCGUCACCGUCAACCUCAGGGACACGCACGGGGCCAGGGCACAGAUCAACAGCUUUUUGAGGAGGGAAACAAAAAACGAGAUAACGGACUUGGUCCAAGAUCUGGAGGACGACACACGCCUGGCCCUGCUGACGUACAUUUCCUUCCACGGGAAACUGCGGGAUGAAUUCCACGCUGAGCUCACGGUGGAGGAGAACUUCCACGUGGACGAGAGGACGACUGUCACGGUGCCCACCGUCAACCGCCUGGGUGCAUUUGACCUGCACCGGGACACCAACUUCUCCAGCUGGGUGCUGGCGCAGCACUGCCUGGGGGACGCCGUGGCCUACUACGUCCUGCCCGACAAGGGGAAGAUGGAGCAGCUGGAGAGGGGGCUGACGCAGGAGCAGCUCGACGGCCUCCUGAGACCCUCGGACAUCAGAUUCUCCAUCUCUGGGACCCACGACCUGAAACACCUCCUGGGCAAACUGGGCAUCACCCGGGUCUUCAGCGACGAGGCUGACUUCUCGGGGAUCACGGAGCAGGCCCCCCUGAAGCUCUCCCAGGCCACACACAGGGCGGUGCUGACCUUGGAUGACGACGCAUUUUCUGAGCGCAUGUAUUUUGAUGUGGGCCCGUGGCCCUCGCUGCCCACUUUCAAGUUCAACAGGCCCUUCCUGGUCAUCGUCAAGGACGACAACAACAACUUUCCCGUCUUCAUGGGAAAAGUGGUGAAUCCCAGCCAAGGCUAA